AUGAGCUCAUCGAGUUCUGCCGGUAACGGCAACAAUUGCAGCAAUUACGACAACGAUGCCGCUAUCGGCUAUGGGGAAUUCUCCGCUAUCUCCACACCGCCCAGCUCACCACCCUCGUUCCUUCAAACCAACUCCAGCCCCAGGAGCACAGCGAAGCGGGAUAUACUGGCUGGCUACCAUAAAAUCCUGCAAGCGACACAGAGUGUGAUUGAUGCUUCCAACUACGACGCACUCGACGACGACGAAUUGGAGUGGGUCAAAAUGGAGCAUGCACACGUCGCGCACAAGGCGCAACUAUACUCACAGCGGCUGCAGACGGAGAGUAGCGUAAUGAGUGCGUUACAGGCGUUAAGCUCGAGCCUAGGCAGCGGGGGUCUAAACACUGCACAGCACACGGCUCAGCUCACCCAAUCCUCCCAAAAAGUAGACAACUUGGAGAAGGUACUCAGUAGACAUCGCUCUAGACUCCUUCACCUCCAGAGUCAGCUCCUCCACCACCAGGCCGGCGUUCUAGCACGCUUCAUCCAGUCUAAGCAGCUUCUACAGAAACAAAACACCUCGCCUAUCCCCCACAGCAGCCAUUUUCACGCCAACAAUGACCGCGCAAGUCGGUUUGAGAGUGUGGGUGAGAAUCAAGGUGAGGAUGUGGAGAGUGAGAGUGACAUGCAUCCACACACGCAAAUAUCCCACCUCCAAGCUCAACUGGCUGAGGAAAGACAUGCCAAUGCGGCACUACGGCAGCAACUUGAGCGAUCGCACGCCACAGUGAUCGAGAAAACGGACCACACGCACACUCUCCAAAGCCGUCUACAAAGCAGUUUGGAUGAAUUUAGCGCAGUUGUGUCAACACGAGAUACGCUAACAGGGGGCGUAGGUGCGCUAGGGGGUGUGCUCGACGCGCAUCGCAUAACUUACGUUCACGACCCCCAUAACCCACUCCACUCACUCUCGUCGGUUACAGCGGCUAUUGACGCGGAGUUGGCGCGCGUUAGAAAGGCCGAAGCUCAUUGCCACGGUGAAUUGGCUAGCUUGCGCGAACAGUGUGCAAACGGUGAGAAACACACUAAGCAGCUUGAAGACACCCUCAAGAGCCAGAGCAGCGAUAUGGAUCACCACUGGAAUGCAACGCGAGGCAUGGAGAGCGAGUUUAAGCAGCACAUUUCCAUGCUCGAGCGUCAGCUAGAAAUGAGACAGCAAGCGAGCCAGACCUUCUACAAGGACAGCAAUGCUUCCUACGAACAGGAGCUGAGGGGGCGGGAGAACGAGAAAACGAAAGUGGAAGACAAAGGCAAGGAAAGACAUAGUAGAGGUGCGUCAGCGUCAACGUCAACAUCGACAUCAACAUCAACAUCAAUACCCGCUGCAAUGACCGAAGACAGGCUAUCGACGGAGACGUUAGGUCUAGUUGUACGGGGGCUGUGGAAUGCCAUACCGUCGCCAAUCACACAGCGCUCCCCAUCGCACCCUCUCAUCGUUUCCACUUCUCCCACACUUUCGCAACCUGAUAUAGAAACUCUCAAGCAGGUUCUUCAACGCUCAAAGGAGCGCCACUCUGACCGUUUCUCGCUGAGCGCGUUCACAGCCCGCGUAAAGACUCUCGUCAGUGAUAACCGCCACUUCAUCGAACGAAUCCUCCUGAAUGCUGAGACAGCGAAUCUGUACAAGAGCAAUGCGGAGAAAGCACACAAACUCGCACUUGACUUCAAGAUGGCUCUCGAAGCGUACAAGAAGCAGGUGGUCGAUUUACAGACCAGUUUGUCACACGCUGCGAAGAAGGACGGGGAGAUUAGGAAAGAGUGCCAAGUUCUGCGCGAAGAACUCACGCAAAUGGAGAAGGAGCUCGACGCACAGAGGAAAUCAGGGGAAAUUGAUAGCCUCCGUUUGUCGCUCGCACAUAGAGAGGAUGAUAUACAGGCUUUCAAGCAGAUGCAGAUGGAUAAGUCGCUCGGAAUGCUCGAUGAGCUUAAUAGCCUUCAGACUGAAGUUGCUGACUUGCGCCAGAAAUUGCGUCAGAAGGGCGAUUAG